CAUUCUUUUUGUAUCUCCACUACAUAGAGAGAUACUCCUACAAAACAAAAACAAAAGAUACAACAGACUCUUGGAUUUUCGCUUAGAUUUCGUCUCUCCUCCUAUAAAACAAAACACACCUCCCAUCCCUCAUUUCAAUUCACAAAGAAAUACUCCAUCAUUAGUGUAUUCGUUUCCAAUCAUUGACAUGCUUCCUUGCUCCAUCUAAACAAGCAAACAUGGCUGAUGAAAGCAACAACAGCAAUUGGUUGGGAUUCUCUCUCUCAGCUCCAAGCAUGGACGACCACCCCUCCUCUAACGCCGUUACCACUCCCGCCCCCAUCAACUUCAACUACCCCGGCUUCUGCUACGGCGACGCCCCCAGCUUCUACUCCCACUUAACCGUCAUGCCUCUCAAAUCCGACGGCUCCCUUUGCUUGAUGGAAGCCAUCAACCGCUCUCAGCCACAAGCUCCGAAGCUGGAAGAUUUCUUCGGAGUGGGCCAUCCCCAUCACUACGAAGGAGGAAUGGCGCUGAGCCUCGACAGCAUGUACUACCACGCCAACACUCAACCCACCGCGACCGAUUUCCUCAGCUCCGACCACCUUCACCUCCAGGAGUAUCCACUUUACUACGCGCCGCCUGACCACGCUUCUCCGCCCGACCAAAUAUCCGGUGGAGAGGCGUAUAAUGAGCUGCAGACUCUAAGCCUUUCGAUGAGCCCCGGCUCGCAGUCCAGCUGCGCCACCGCCCCUGUUGCCUUAGUCAGCUACGACAACAAGAAAAGAGGGCAGGAGAAAGUCGAUCAGAAGCAGAUCGUUCACCGCAAAUCCAUUGACACAUUCGGCCAGAGAACCUCUCAGUACAGAGGCGUCACCAGACAUCGAUGGACUGGGAGAUACGAAGCUCAUUUAUGGGACAACAGUUGCAAGAAAGAAGGCCAGAGCAGGAAGGGAAGGCAAGUUUACCUUGGAGGGUAUGAUAUGGAACAAAAAGCUGCCCGGGCUUAUGAUUUGGCCGCACUCAAGUACUGGGGACCCUCCACACACAUCAAUUUUCCGUUGGAGAAUUACCAACAAGAGCUGGAAGAAAUGAAGAACAUGAGCCGCCAAGAAUACGUUGCUCAUCUCCGGAGGAAAAGCAGUGGCUUCUCUAGGGGAGCUUCCAUCUACAGAGGAGUCACAAGACAUCAUCAACACGGUCGCUGGCAAGCCCGCAUCGGCCGCGUCGCCGGCAACAAGGAUCUCUAUCUCGGCACAUUCAGUACGCAGGAGGAGGCUGCGGAGGCGUACGACGUCGCGGCCAUCAAGUUUAGAGGCGUGAACGCGGUGACGAACUUCGACAUCACGCGCUACGACGUGAAGAGGAUCAUGGAGAGCAACGGCCUUCUCCCUGGUGAAAUGGCGCGACGGAACAAAGAGAUUGUCGUUGUCACGGCCUCUUCUUCGAACGACAAUAAUGCGGUUGUUGUGGCCAAGGAGUGUGAGUGGAGAGUGGCGCUGCCUAAUGGCAUGGGCGAGGCGGGGAAGAUGUCCCUUGCCAGCUCGAGGGAGGGCAGCCCGGACCGGAACAAUGUGCUUCCCCUCCAAUUUCCUGCCCUGCCUAACAAGUUUUUCCCCUGCCCCACGGGGGGCGAGGGCGCGGCCGCUUGGAUCCCUGCUGCCGGCCCAAUGCGGGCCCAAGUGCCGCUCUUCUCUGCCUGGGCUGCGGAUAUUAAGUGACACGUCUUCGUUGUUGGGAUGGAUGUGUUUUGCUUGUACAAAAAGGAAAUAUUAUCUCAAGGCAAAUUAAGGGGUGGUUUGGUUUGAUGUAGGAUUAUUAAUGUUCUUAGCAAUUUGUGUAGGAAGGUCCAAACUUUUUCCACUAAACCGGUUUGGACAGCUUUCAAUGAAAUUAAUGGGCUUUUUGUGA